AUGGCUCAAAGUGCGGAUGUUGACACGCGGGUCCACCGCAUGCUGCGAGCGAUAUCCGGGGCCGCUGCUCAUGUCGCCACCUUCGCUUUCACCAUCUUCAUGAUUUAUGUUGUUCACCCAGGUCUCUUCUCCUGGCACCCUUUCCUCAUGACUCUCGCGUUCUCCUUCUUCAUGACAGAAGCCGUCAUGGUUUUCUCUCCCGACUCCCUACUCCGCUCCCUCUCCCGGAAGUCCCGCACUCGGGCUCACUGGGUGCUCCAGCUCCUGGCGCUGCUCUGCGCCCUGCUGGGCCUGGGCAUAAUCUACGCCAACAAGGUUUUCCAGGAAAAAGCUCACUUUUCCACCUGGCACGGGUUGGUGGGCCUGCUGACCGUGCUGUGGACUCUGGUCCAGAAUCUGGGCGGGGUGACCCUGCUGUACCCUAAACUGUUGCAGCGCUGGACUCUGGCCACGCGGAAGCUCUAUCACGCCACGUCCGGCCUCCUGGGCUAUCUGCUGGCGUGCGGCAGCCUCAUGCUGGGCAUGUGCUCUUUGUGGUUCACCGCCAACGUCACCGGAGUCGCCUGGUACCUGUGCGCCCUCUCCCCGGUUCUCACCGGCCUGGUCGUCAUGAACCAAGUGAGCUAUGCCUAUCUGUACCGCAAGAAGAGCCAGUCCUGAGGAGGGGGGGGAGGAGU